AUGCCGACUUUGUUUAAGGGCGGUCCAGAUCCGCUUGUUGCGGAUAAUUUCAUGGAUAGGGUGGAGAAGUAUCUUAACACUAUGAAUUUAGCGACGAACAAGUUGAAGAUUACAUUGGUAACUUAUAAUUUUGUUGGGGAUGCUGAGAUUUGGUGGAAGACCAUUUCUCACACCCACAAUCUGGACACAAUGACCUAUGAUACAUUCAAGAAGUUGUACUAUGAAAAGUACUUUCCAGCACCUAAGUGGAGAGAGUUAAAGAAAGAGUUUGAUGGGUUGAAGCAGGGAAAUAUGACUGUCACUGAGUACAAGAACAAGUUUACGUCGCUUUUGAGGUUUGUACCAGGGAUUGCUAAUGAUGAGGAAAGAAAGAUAGAAAAAUUUGUUGAUGGCCUUGAUCUUACCAUUAGGCCAAUUGUGACUGCUUCAGAACAGACAGAGUAUGCAAAAGCAGUGCGAAAAGGCUUAGUGGUUAAGGCUGAAAACAAGGACAGCAAAGUUAUCAGAAAGUCCUAUAAGCACAGCAGGAACAUGAGUGCUAUCUCCGAGGUUCAAUCACAUAAGAAGCAGAAGAAUGAACAGUCAGGGUUCAGGGGAUAG